AUGGGAAAGAUAGCCGUAAGUGGAAACAGAGCCAAGCCCCACCAGGGCUCUUUGUACAAGGAUAUCACAACUGCUGGUGGAAAUCUCAAAACCUCUAAGAAGAAGAGGCCAGUUAAUGCCACCAGCGAUAACGAAGACGACGAGGAAGUGGUGUUAGAUGCCAGUUCUUCUCGGAAAAUUUUGCAGCUGGCCAGAGAACAACAAGAAGAGAUUGAAGAGGAAGAAAACAAACUGCACAAGAGACAAGAUGAGUAUUCGAGGUUCAACUUCCAGGACUCAGACGAAAGCGAUGACGAUGAGGAGGACCAACAGGAGUACGAUGAAAUGUCCAACUUCGGGUCCGACUACGAGGAGGAAGAGGUGGAGGAAAUAGACGCUGAUGAGGCGGAAAUGUUUGACUCAUAUUUCAGACAACAAAGCGGGAAUCCGCUAGGAAGCUUCAACCUGGCUGACAAGGUGAUGGCCAAGAUCCAGGAGAAGCAGAUGCAGAUGAAAAUGCAAGCCGAAGGAAUAACGGAGCAAAGACCUUCAAACGGAGUGUCAUUACCUCCUCGUGUCAUUGAGGCAUAUACCAAGGUCGGUGUUUCGCUUGCUUCGUGGAGAAACGGUAAAUUGCCCAAGUUGUUCAAGGUGUUACCUUCUGUCAAAAAUUGGGAAGACCUCCUAUAUGUGACCAACCCAGAGUCAUGGACUCCUCAGGUUGUAUACGAAGCAACCAAACUUUUCGUUUCGAAUUUGACGGCUUCAAAGGCGGAGAGAUUCGUGAACAUGGUAUUAUAUCCUCGUUUUAGACAGGAUAUCGAGGAUGAUGAUGCGCAUAAGCUGAACUACCAUCUGUACAGAUCGCUCAAAAAGUCUAUCUACAAGCCUGCUGCAUUCUUUAAGGGUUUUCUAAUGCCGCUUGUUGAAGAAGAGUGUACUGUGCGAGAGGCUGUGAUUGUGGGAUCGGUCUUGUCGAAAAUAUCCAUUCCAGUGUUGCAUUCUGCAGCUGCCCUAGGUUGGCUCUUGGAGAGAGAGUUCACCCCAGCUUCCAUGGUUUUCAUCCGUGUGUUGGUGGAAAAGAAGUAUGCUCUACCAUACCAAACCAUUGAUUCCUUGGUGUUUUUUUUCAUGAGAUUCAGAACCGUGACUGAUGCUCCUACAAGAUCAAUGGAAGUGGACGAUGAGGAAGACGUCUCCAACAAAAAGAAGGCCCCAGUGCUGCCUCUCGUAUGGCACAAAGCCUUGCUCGCAUUUGCUGAGAGGUAUAAGAACGAUAUCACUGAGGAUCAGAGAGAUUUCUUAAUGGAAGUGGUGAGACAGCGCGGUCACAAGGAUAUAUCACCAGUCGUGAGAAGAGAGCUGUUAGCGGGCCAAAACAGAGCAGAUGAGGAAGCAGCUAAGGAAAGCGAUCCAAUGUCCUAUUUUUGA